CUGUCUAAACCAAGAAAUAGCUUCCUCUUAAAAUGCACGCCCACUUCCUCAUACGCUGGCAGAAUACAUCCCGUAAACAAGGGCAGUAAAAAAACACCUUCCGUCACUCGAUUGCUCUUUACUUUAUUUGCUGUUUACCUGGAGCCUGUUACCUGCGCAAUCGCGCCAUGGGAUUGGCUGUGAGCACCAGAGGGCGGGACUAACCAGGGGACAUGUCCCUACUAGGAAAGGGAGCCGUCACUACAACAACCUGUCCGCCUGCCGACAGACCAUUAUAGACGUUCAUUUCUAUUCAUAUAUACCUACAUACUGUAAUCGAGGACUGUGACAAAGCUAAAAUCACUAUGGUAUCCAUGGUGUCUCAAAUGGAGCAGAAUGCACAGCCCAGGCCCCAAGUGCUGCUUGUGGGAGCCAAAGACAGCAAAAGGCUGCUGGAAAUGUAUGUGAAGAGAAGCCUGAGCCUUAAUGAUGGCUCACACUUUCCAGCUCGAAGGGAACGGAGAACCCACAAAUGGGUCACACCUGCUGAGCGAGAUAAGCGAGAGCGUAAACAUUCCAGUGAGAUCAUUCUUUCUCAUAAUUCCUUGGGUGCAGAGGACGACAUCGAAGACGAGGCAUUCUCAGACCUAGAAACAGACCAAAAGGACCAGUUAGAAAGCGAUUCCACAGAAAACAGAUCAAAAGAACUGGUAAAAAAAAUCAUUCACAGGAGAAAUGACGGAUCCUCUGCCUCUGACGGGAAGGCCCAGAAAUCACGUGUGCAUGCUGAUAAAGAUAAUCCUGAUGAAAGGGAACAAAAUUCAAAACCCGUUCCUCACUCUCAACCUUUAGCCUCAGAGGUCGAUAUUAGUAAAGAUAAAGAAGAAAUAGAACCAGUAACAGAAAAUGAAACCUUGGAUAAAGUCAAACCUAGAAAGAAAAACUCUCUUGUCAGAAAGGAUGGCUCAUCUGCAUCUCAGAAUCCUAAUGAAAAACACCGGAAAUGGUUUUUAACUUUUGAUAAAGAAAAGAAGGAUGGUAUGCUAUCUGAAAAAGGCUUUAAACUUAACUUGGAAGAGCCAAGGACUGAAGACCAUCUGCUAAAUAGAUCAACUGAGGUAAAGAAGACCAAAGAGGGCAAAAAGAAUAAGAAGUCCUCAGUAUGGAAGAGUUUUCUGGGAUUGUUCUCCAGAGGAAACACUGACAAACAGGAUGAGCAUGAUGAUGAAGAGAGAACUGAAAAAGUGUUUCCCACUGAAGAACCUGCAACUCCACCGUUCUCCUGCCUGCCCCUCACUACCGGUGAUGGCAGCGUCUCACGCAACACCAAAACCAACAAAAGAAGGCGAUCUCAGAGGAGGAUCUCGUUUAAAUCUGGGCGGCCGUUUACUUUAGAACUAUCUACUGAUGCCCACAAUUCACAGGUCCAAUCAAUUGAAGAGGUAGAGGCCACUACUUCUUAUUAUGAAAAAAUGUCAGAAGAGCUCAAGAAGAUCGUGAAUGAGGUGAAAAACACUCCCACAGAAGAAAACAAAACUUUCAUUGAUUCAGUUCAACCUGCAGACACAGAUGCCUCCAAGUCUCAAGAGGAAAUUAUUAAAAGAAUCAUUGUUUUGAUAAAACAGGAAGGUGAUGCUAUAAAUGGCAAGCUAAAGGAGAAUGCUACUAUAAGUUCCUACCUCAACACAAUCACCUAUGGUUCCUUCGAGCAAUUGGCAGACCAGUAUGUUAAGUAUGAAGUCCCACAACAAAAAACUCAGGGGUCUGUAGUAGCUCCAGAGCUGGUGAAGUUUGCCUUCACCCUAGACUUCACAGCAAGAGUGGCUGGUCUUUCUCGCUAUGCUCCUGGACACAUUCUUGGCUUUGGGAACCAGUACCUCAUGGAGCGUUUUAGUUACAUGUCUGAGAGUCACCCUUACCUCAGCGAUGUAACCCUAGAGAAACAAGAGACAGUUCAGACACGGAUAAAUGGUUCUGAAGACCAUGCAGAGGGCAGCCACCUCCUGAACCAGAUAGACCAAAACAUUACUUGAACGCUAUACAGGCUACAAGUUAUUAGAAAAUCUUUUUGUCAGUGCAUUCAGUUGAAUCCUGGAUGUGUUGGAAACCUAAACCACAUCUUUCUGAUCAAGCUGAUCAGGGAGGAAUAUGCAAUAACAGCAUACAUUAAAAGCUCUGUAGUGUAGCUAAAGAAAUACUGUGACAUUUAUAAUACCUAGUGAAGUUUUUUUUUUUAUUAAUAGAGCUAUGAACCUGAUUUCAAUAUGCUGUAAAUGUGUAUGCAGGCAUACACCAUGUAAUUUAAAUAUUUAAAUAAAAUAAAAAAAAUUGCUAAA